AGUCAGCAACAGACUGCGCAUGACAUCUUAUUCAACAUGAGCCUGCGAUAUCUAGCAGAUCUUCAGAGACAAAAUGGGUCAAAAUCAGUCUGGCAGUGGGGGAGCUGGAGGAGACAAGAAGGGAGACAAGGACAAGAGAAAGAAGUAUGAACCACCAAUUCCUACUAGAGUAGGGAAGAAACAGAAGAAAACCAAAGGCCCUGAUGCAGCCAACAAAUUACCUCAAGUUACUCCACACAGAAACUGCAGGUUGAAGUUGUUGAAGUUGGAAAGAAUAAAAGAUUAUCUACUACUUGAAGAAGAGUUCAUCCAAAACCAAGAGAGGCUCAAACCUCAAGAGGAGAAAAAUGAGGAAGAGAGGUCGAGGGUUGAUGAAUUACGGGGCACUCCCAUGUCAGUGGGAACUUUAGAGGAGAUCAUUGAUGACAACCAUGCUAUUGUAUCCACCUCUGUUGGUUCAGAGCAUUAUGUUAGCAUUUUGUCAUUUGUUGAUAAAGAUAUGCUGGAACCUGGCUGUACUGUAUUGCUGAAUCACAAGGUGCAUGCUGUUGUUGGUGUGCUGUCUGAUGAUGCAGAUCCCAUGGUAACUGUGAUGAAACUUGAGAAAGCACCACAAGAGUCAUAUGCUGAUAUUGGUGGACUGGAUCAACAGAUACAGGAAAUCAAGGAAUCUGUAGAACUUCCAUUGACUCACCCAGAGCUGUAUGAGGAAAUGGGGAUUAAACCACCUAAGGGUGUUAUAUUAUAUGGCCCACCUGGUACAGGAAAGACCUUGCUAGCAAAAGCUGUAGCCAAUCAAACAGCAGCAACCUUUCUCCGAGUUGUGGGAUCAGAGCUCAUUCAAAAAUAUCUGGGUGAUGGUCCUAAGCUAGUAAGAGAAAUGUUUCGAGUUGCAGAAGAACAUGCCCCAUCAAUUGUUUUCAUUGAUGAGAUUGAUGCUGUUGGAACCAAAAGGUACGAGUCUAAUUCUGGGGGUGAGCGAGAAAUUCAGAGAACAAUGUUGGAGCUUCUCAACCAGUUAGAUGGAUUUGAUUCCAAGGGGGAUGUCAAGGUUAUUAUGGCCACAAACAGAAUUGAAACUUUGGAUCCUGCACUUAUCAGACCUGGUCGCAUUGAUCGUAAGAUUGAGUUUCCUCUUCCUGACGAGAAAACAAAACGUCGCAUAUUCACGAUCCACACUGGUCGCAUGACACUAUCAGAAGAUGUCAAUCUGGAAGAGUAUGUGAUGGCCAAAGAUGACCUCUCUGGAGCUGACAUCAAGGUGAGAAGGCGAUAUCAGUUGAAGCUAGUUCACCACCAAGAAGUCACCUCUGGUAAAAAUAGUAAAAUGUAUUGUGGGCAAAUUCCAACAGCUGACAGUCAACCUUAAUUGCCAUGGCCGCGCCUCGGCAGAAACGAGAUCCUGAGGACGACAUUUGAAGAGACCACAGAUCCAGCCUAAACCCGGGCUGACGUAAACUUUGUCUGGAUGAUUAUUUCUUUAAGUUGAAUGAUCAUUUCAAUUCACCUACAUGCUGCUAGUAUUAAUAUUGAGAUCAAACUAACUUGUGAAUUGUU